ACCAUUGUUUUUUCAAUGGUUUCAUUAUAGCAUACACACUUCCAAAACUAUAGCAACCAUUGUUGUUUUUUCAAUGGAAGCUGAAAUGUCAUCAUUGCCUUACACAUUAUUAUGCCGCCAGUUUUCACUUGGUGAGAUUCUAUUAGCCACCCAGAAUUUCGAUGAUGCGUUGAUUGUAGGGAAGGGUGGUUUUGGUAAGGUGUAUAAAGCUACCAUCACUGUGGAAAACAGGGCAACUUUUAUUGUUGCCAUCAAGCGAUUGGAUUUAUUAGAUUCCAGCCAAGGAGCAACCGAGUUUUGGGCUGAAAUCAAGAUGCUUACCAAGUUGAGGCACUGUAAUCUUGUGUCUUUGAUUGGUUAUUGUAACGAUAACUCAGAGAUGAUCCUUAUAUAUGAGUUUAUGCCGAAUGGAACCCUGGAUGAUCAUUUGCACAGAAAGGGUAGUAGCCUGAGUUGGGUACAACGACUACAGAUAAGCAUAGGUGCUGCAAGAGGAUUGCACUACCUUCAUACCGGAACAGGCACCCAAGAUGGAGUCAUACACCGAGAUGUAAAAAGCACAAAUAUUUUGUUGGAUGAAAAUUAUGCUGCUAAGAUAUCAGAUUUUGGAUUAUCCAAAAUUGGUCCAACAAACACAUCUGGUGCCUAUGUCAAUACACUUGUUAGGGGUACCUUUGGUUAUCUCGAUCCAGAGUAUUUUUUGACUGGACGAUUGACAAGAAAAUCAGAUGUGUUUGCCUUUGGCGUGGUAUUAUUCGAAUUGUUGUGCGGGAGGGCGGCACUUGAUAACAGUCUUGACGAAGAUGAGUGCAGUUUGGCUAAGUGGGCUCAUGAAUCUAUUGAGGAAGGGAAAAUGUAUGAAAUUAUUGAUUUUGAUAUCAAAAGUCAGAUCUCUCCAAAAUGUUUGAAGGUAUUCGUGCAGAUUGCAGAUCGUUGUCUGAGUAGUGAGUCAAAGAAACGCCCCACUAUGGCAGAGAUUCUGGUAGCUCUUGAGCUCUCUCUGAGAUUACAAAAUAAAUUCGACAGCCGUGUAAAGCCAGCUGCAGGCAUAUUGGCAUUGGCUAGAAGGAUUAAGUGGCCCUUUAUCUCCCUUGAAAUCAACACUGCUCAAAGUGAUGGAAAGCUCUCAACAGUCAAUGAAGAUAGCGAUGAUCAUGGUGAAGUGACCCCUCUGGUUGAUAUACCGGAUCAUUUGAAUCAUGUUCCAGAUCAACCCAAGCCUCUUGACAAAGACAACAUUAAUCAUGCCUCCUUGCCAAAAGACCAUAAUGAUGAUCACCUUGAAGUAUUUUCUGAUGAGAAUAUACAAAUACUGGCUUAUGAUCUGAAGAAGUUUUCUUUUGAUGAUCUAAAAAGUGCCACGAGAGACUUUACGAACCAUACGAGGCUUGGUAACGGAGUAUUUGGAGAGGUUUUUGAAGGUUGGAUACAUACAAACACAUCUUCUCCUUCUGUUGUUAAUGGUCAAUUAAGGAUUGCCAUUAAAAGGUUUUAUUACUCCAAGAUACAACAUCACCUGGAAAAGAAGCGUCUUGACAUGACAUUCUUAAGCAGAUUUAAUCAUCCAAACCUGGUUAAGAUUCUAGGCUACUGCUUUGAAGACAAGACACUGUUCCUUAUUUAUGAAUUCAUGGAGAAUGGAAGCUUAGAGUCUCACAUGUUCACAAAAGACAAGAUACCACUUUCAUGGGAGACAAGAGUUCAAAUAGCAAUACAAAUAGGUGAAGUCCUUUCAUCCCUGCACACUAGUUAUCAGGCUUAUAGGUACUCUAUUAAGAUGCAUCAGAUAUUGUUGGACAAGAACUUCAACGCAAAGAUUUCUGAUUUUGAAUCUACAAAACUGGUAUAUGGAGAUUUAUACGCGGAGGAGAUUAUCGAUUCAUUAUACUACUGCAGUCGACCAAAUAAUUCUAAAUAUGUGGGCAUUAGCCGUUCUUUUGGAUUAUUAUUGAUUCAACUGCUGACUGGUGGUAGAAAAGGUAUUGCAAAUUUACAAAAAUACAAGUCGAAUCGGAAAGUUGAAAGCUGCAUGAGGAAAGCACUGGACCCACGCCUCCCCAAUGUAGAUGACACUAUUGUUAAAAAGGCAAUGACAUUUGCUGACGCUGCAUUCCUUUGUGUAGAUCUUGAUUAUCCAUUGGACAAAACCUUAGACUUAUUAAGAAAACUUUAGGCAAGUAUGAUAACAUGUAACAUGCGUAAAUAAGUUAGCUCCUCCCAUAUCUUUAUAACUUCCUUUUGCUACCCAUGGUUUUACUACUUGUUAUUUCUAUUUUCACUUACUCUUUAUUUUCCACA